AGACACAGCCAUAUAAUAAAGACUGUUAUUAGACUUUAAAACUUCAAAAUUGUCCAAUGACCUCAUCAGCUCUCGCAAACUAAAGAAAGGAAACAGACCGUUAUUAGGCUUUUAAAUUUUAAAAUUGACCUCAUCAGCUCUCGCAAACAGCUGUAAGUGUUAGUACGGAUCAAUCCACACGCGACAUAUUAAUAUUUUGCUAAAGCGUGACAUUGAAUACUACUUGAUUAGGAGUAACUGGAAAUUGUUAUUUAAAAGAAUUUUUUUUUUAGAAUUCUGCUAAAACAGUAUACCGGUAAUUUCUUUACGAUAUAAAUUACUAGCUCAUAAUCUAGUCGCUAAUAUUUCUUAUUAAAGCUGUAACCUGGCGGCCUUUGGAUACCCCGCAUGGAGCCAAUCUAAUAAAUCAGCCCUCGUGUAACACCACGUACGGAUCGAAAUGGGUGUAUACCUGUAAAGAUGGAUUUGUCAUGAACAGGACAGAAGGGGAGGCCCGGAAUGUGACUAGAACGUGCUUACAAUCUGGACAAUGGAGUGGAAACUCAAUUAACUGUACAGCUGUUACCUGUCGGCGUUUGGAUACCCAGCAUGGAGCCAAUCUAAUAAAUCAGCCCUCGUGUAACAACACGUACGGAUCGAAAUGCGUGUUUACCUGUAAAGAUGGAUUUGUCAUGAAGAGGAAAGAAGGGGAGGCCCGGAAUGUGACUAGAACGUGCUUACAAUCUGGACAAUGGAGUGGAAACUCAAUUAACUGUACAGGCAAUCCUGAAACUAACUCAUCUCAGAAACCAACCAGCUCAAAUAAUACCAAGGGAGGAACAUCAACGUUGAACUAUCCCGGAAUCGUCGUAGGAGUCUUUAUUCUCUUUUUAUUGAUUGUUGUCGCCAUCUUUUCUCUGCUAAGACGGUUGAACUCCAGUGCUCGAACGAGGAACAUCGACGCGGAGGAAAGCAUGGGAUUCGACAAUGUGGCAUAUCGGCAACCAAGGAGCCUUCCAGACGACGAACUUGGAAUGAAAGUCCUGGUAUCACCGCAGGCCAAACAACAACCUGACGCUGGCUUUAGUAAACCCCACAUUGACCCCGGGGGUCACUGUCAAACACUGGAUAAUGCAAAUAUUGAAAACGAGUUAAAUGAGCUGGACUCACCAAAUUGUAGCAACGAACCUCUACGCAAUCGCCCUCCCACGUCAUUUCCAAAAUGCAGCAAAAAACUGGAGGCCGCAUUCACUUGUACUGGUGGAAAGCUUUUUGCUCAAGGUGGUUCAGACGGGAAGAGAAUUUCCAACGAAUCGGAGGGAGUAAGUCAGUCUCAGGCCAUCUGCCCUGUUGAAGAGGAUGCUAUCGACAGGAAAACUAAAUUUUUUUCUCCCAGGGGCAUAAUUGCCUGUGGCGGGCCAAGUAGAAAAAUAGCGACAGUUUAUGCCAACAAACCGGAUCCCAGAAGUGACCUUAUUUACUUACGAUUCUACGUCUACAGUGAUAGGCAGGAUUCUAAGAAGUGCGUGGAGUUGGCAGAAAAGAAACGGUUUCCUGACUCGAAGCCAGCGAGGGAGAAGCCCUUCAAAAUGUACAAAGACAACAGAAUGAUCACAGUGAAACUAACUGAUCUUGAAAAAGGCUGGAACUUCUACAAUACCGACGAUACACAGAUAUACAAAUACGAGAACGCUAGAAGUGGAUUUCGGUCUAUAGAUGCUUGCGAUUUUGCUCUUAAACCAGAAGACGGUCUGGAUGUGAACGAGUUUUCUUGUUGGGUAAAGUUUCAACAGGAAGAUGACGACGAAGAACACUCGUUUUAUCUGAAUCCAGGCUUUACGCCUUUGAAGCGGCAGAGCAUCCGACGAAGCUCCGCAGAAGGCGGCCAAAGUGACACUACCCCCAGUACUUCGCAGUACGAAAGUUCCAUAGACUGGGACCACUAUGUCUCGCAAUUGGGUAGCGAGCCGGUAACAGAAGAACAGAUCUAUCAAAUCAGCCCCGAUGUUGGACGAGACUGGAAAGACCUUUUACGAAGAAUGUCCAUGAAGGAAAAGGCCAUUGAAAAUUUGAAAGAGGAUUUCAAGAAUGACAAAAUUACCGAACAGUGCAUCCAAGGCCUCCUUAAAUGGAAAGAGCUUGACCCUAAGUUAGGAACCGUCAAAAAUCUAGCUAUUGCUCUCCAUGACGUGGGUUGCCUUGAUGCGCUUCAAACAUUGCGAAAACAACAAGAAGCCAAACAUCAGUGAAUUUAGAACUAUUGGAACAUGUCCAGAUUUCAUAAUCAAGAAAUUUUGUUAAACACGUCUAAAAGAGAACUGUAAUAGUCCCCUUUACCGUGCAGCGGCAAACGUUGAGCGGUUGUCAGCCUAGCCCCUCCAGUUUCUCCUGAUUGGCUGAUAGCACGAGAAGUGCAAUCGCUUGGUUGUUACAUUAGCCUACUUCUUGCCCUUCCUGCUGUUCGGGUGCGAGAUGCCUGGAUCAAUGAAUUUCCAGAGAAUGUUCUUUUAGGUGACGUCGUCGAUUAAUUAAGAUAGAGUUCAGGCUCUCUGGUAAAGCAGCCCCGUGUGAUAGCCGAGGUGUACAAGCUAACACAUAAGUACAUGUUUUUUUACAGGAAAUUUAUUUUUCACUUGAGGCACAGAUAUUCAACUGUGUGUACCUCGAUAAAGCAAGUGAUGAAACGGUAAUACCUGUAGAAUUUCAUAGCUGAAAAGGUACCUGAGGAGAACUUACCUCAAGAUAUUUUAGGGUUACAAUUUCGUUCUCAGAAAAAGAAGUUUACAAAAAGAUACAAUGUACAUGUACAUGUAUAUGGAGGGGAACAAAGUUUGUCCGAGCAACCAAUAUCGAUUGAGAGGCAAUGUUCAAUUAGUGACCGUAAGCUGUCUAUUAGCCUAGACCUUAUAUCAACUUGUCAAUUUUGUAGUAGACCAGGGAAAGUUAUUACUAGUAGAUAUCUCUUAUGUCUAUUAUCAGUAAACAGCUCUUAAAAAAGUUAGUCGUUCGUAGAUUGUUGAAUAUGCACUACUGAAUCUCACUUAUGGUGUUUUUUUUUUUUUUUCUUUUGACAUCAGUCAACUGUCCUUAUGUGUAACUGCCAAUUUUGUAGUAACGUAAUGCUAACAAAGGUAACGCUUGUAUUCUGCACACAUUUUAAACUCUCCGAGGGCAAAAUUUGGGAAAUUUUAAAAAGUAUAGUUUUGUGCUGAAAAUUUGGUGAGUGUUUUCCGAUUCCUCUGAUAUUAGUAUCAUUACAAUCCAUGUAAUAAACAACUAACAACAGAUUUAAGCUUAACAUUGGCUUACAUGUGAAUAAAGAGCUACGUAAACGUCUCUAAAAUGGAAUUUUAAA